GGCUAGCAUACUAGCGGGGGGCAGCGGCAGCACAAAGCACACGUACACCACUGUCCACUUCAACUUGCCUUCUCCUGCCACUACUAUAUCUUCGUAGUCAAAGAGGUGUCGUCCAUGGGGACGGCUUCAACAAGCUCAGACACCAUGGAGGCGGCAAGGCUCCCCGGUCUCUCCAUCACCGUCGAGAAGAACCCGCCGGAGGCGCGCUUGCUUCAACUCGGCGUCAAGUCCUGGCCCAAAUGGGGAUGUCCGCCGGGGAGGUUCCCGCUCAAGUUCGACGCGGCGCUGACGUGCUACCUAGUGAAGGGCAGGGUGAGGGCCGCCGUGAAGGGCUCCCGCGAGUGCGUGGAGUUCGGCGCCGGCGACCUCGUCGUCUUCCCCAAGGGCCUCAGCUGCACCUGGGACGUCGUCGUCGGCGUCGACAAGCACUACAACUUCGACCCCUCCUAAAACCAUAUAUCAGCUAGCCCCACUCCUCGAUCCGGUGGACCACACAAGCGCACCUUCUUUCUGAGAAUUUUGCAAACAUGACACCGUCUACGGAGGGCUUCAAACUUUUGGCAUCACCGUCGUGGCAAUUGAAAGCGUGGCAUUGAAAUCUCCCUCGUCUUGCAAAUUUAGCAUUGCGCGCGCUUAAUGGUGUUUAGCUCUUUUCCAGUGCCCGUGCUGCCCUCGCGCCGUUAGACACUUGUCGCCGUCUUGUUCUUCUACCGUCUCCCGUGACUCUCUCGUAUUCCAUUCUCCGUGUCUCCUCUCCUCUUUAUUCUCGCCCUGGACGUCGUCUUCCUCGAGCUGCUCUGUUCGUCUCCGCGCACUGGGUGCAUUCGUGCUCUGUCCUUGUCCGGAUCUCGCCCUUCCCUGCCUCGCCGGUUCCUGCGCCCGUGGUCCAUUGCCGACCUCCAACGCUGGUGAACUUUCCUUCUUCUGUAACCCUAGGGUUUGCAGAUUAGACAGCCGGCAUGGAUUCUGCCGCCGAGCUUUGUGCCCAGAAGUUGUCCUUGGCGGCUGUUGCAGCCCGUGACACACUGAAUGCUUCUGCUGCCGCAAGUAUUGUUGCUGGUGAUUAUUGCGCCACAUUUUCGUUAGGUAACGAUGUGGUUUCUACUCUUGAUGUUCUUGAAUCAUAUGUGGCGGCGGAAAAAAGUGCUAUGCAUUCUUACAAAAGGCGGUUGCAGCCGUCGAUUAUGCUAAGGAGACAGUGGCCAUAUAUUCUGAGGUUUGUAUUCUGAAACUUAUACUGAGCCAGGCAAUGCUUGAGAUUGUUAAGCCCUGUGAUUGAAUUGUGAAGUGAGGAAAUGUGAAGUGAGGAAAUGCUUC